AUGCUAACAGCUUAUGGCACCUUGUCGUUGGUAGUAGUCUGUAGCUGUUUCGCUCCUUCGAAACACUCGGAACUGGAGGAGUCAGAAAAAGACUUUAGCAUUUUGCCAGAAAUAACACCGUUCAUUUCUGGUAACGACUCUAUAGAGAAAGAAGCGGUGCGCGUUGAUUACACAACAACUUCAUCACCACGACAUGAUCUUCCAUCAAAAAGCAAAGUGGCAGAGCCAGUGUCGCAGAAGGUGGAUAAUGCACAUUAUAUAGAUGAAGAAACGAAGGCGAGCCCUUUCGAGGACGAAACCCCUGCUCAGGCCUUUGGUACAGUUGAGACCGAAGCGGUCAUGGAGGCCUUAGACAACCAAAGCUUCCCUACUCCAUACAUAAAGAUACUUCGUGAGUUGUAUAGCAACUUCACGACCAAAAUUUGUCCAUUCUACAAUGAUGUCAUAAUUGACGUGAAGAGAGGGGUUCGUCAGGGUGACACAAUUUCACCCAAUAUAUUCAGUGCCACUCUCGAGAACGCGGUGCUAGGAUUGGAAUUGGAUGACAUGGAAGUGAAAGUUGACAGCCGGCAUUUACACCAUCUUCGCUUCGCUGAUGGCAUCGUUCUUAUAACAACAAGCAUCAAUGAGGCGGAAUGGAUGGUGGCCGAAUUUGAUGAAAAGUGUAUAAAGAUCAGUCUUUGGCUGGACCUAGACAAGACGAUGUUUAUGAACAACGGAUGGGUUUCUGAUGCCCCAUUCACUCUCAACGGAACGAACAUAUCCGAAUGCUGCAGCUAUGUAUAUCUAGGUCGGGAAAUCAACAUGAUGAACGACCUGGCCUCCGAGCUGGGCAGAAGGAAACGAGCGGCUUGGGGAGCAUUCAAGAGCAUCGGGGAUGUAGUGAAGAGGAAAAAGAACAUCCGGCUCCGUACUCACCUAAUCAAUACCACCGUUCUUCCUGCUUUCACUUACGCUUCAGAAACGUGGACGUUUCGCAAGCAGGAGGAAAAUGCGACCAGCGUCAUAGAACGCGGAAUUAAAAGGGUGAAGCGAAGAGUAACCCGCUUCACGCAAGUGAAAGAAGGAAUUCGAAGUUCACUCCUACGUCAUCAAUCGAAGAUCGGAGACGCUACCGCAUAUGCCAAGGAAAGCAAAAUUAGGUGGGCCGGACACGUGAUGCGCUUCAACGGCAAUCGUUGGGCCAGAGCCAAAGCAAAUGGAGUCUCUGGAAAUACCGUAACUCGCUUCAGUUCAAGCUUCCAAGCAGACGAAGAUAUUGAAGAUGUUAUCAUGAAAAUGUCAUUGACUAAAGUGAGUAUUCGACGUGCUCCUGUUCGCGAGUCACACCCAACUGAACAAUAUGACGAACACCAUCUGGGGACAGUACAAACCAGAAAGGACGCUGAAGAGGAUUUAGAUGUGUAUAAAGAUGGCACCAAAACGCACGUACCUUCUGGCUCCAGUGUUAUCUUUAUUCCAGGUGUCACAGAUAACCUGGUUCUAGUGAGUUCAAAAUCAUUUGUCGGCAAUUUUCCAACAGUUUCUGAACAGGAAAAGUCAAAUACUGGACAAACGAUUAUCGCGCCGGACGUAGAAUUAUUGGGAACUGCCUCGAAAUCCAGUCUAGAUUCUUUCUACCGGAUACCAGUUCAUAAGUCUGUCAAGAAGGAGAAAAUUUUGACGUUCUGUACAAAGGACGUGGCGAUUCGUGACAUCCGCAAUAUGGUCAUUGCUUGUGGAGGAGAGGAGGACAUAUGGCAGCCAAAUAGGUGUCCUCUUGGAACUGAUUGUCUGCUUUCUCAGGACAGUACAUAUAGAUUAUGUUGUCCAGUGUACAAAGGUCAAAGAAGGAAGUACUGUGGUGUUGAAGAGGUGUGCACGGAUCCGGGUGUUCCUUGUCUUCUUCACUAUAACCUCAAUGCUCUUAUACGCUCCCCAAGCCGCUCGUUUCUUCCUACCCAGCUCGGAGAUUCAGCUGAAGACCGAUACAUCCACAUGUUUCGUCGAACUCGAUCAGCAUUCGUUACGUUUGGCUGA